AUGUCCAUCAUGACAGGCGUCAAGAGGCCCCUUGAGGCCGUGCUUGGUACUGACCACCAGACGCUCGACCACCGACACUACGACCGACACAACGGAGGGGACAGAAAUCAAGCAAGGGGCAUGGCGACGAUGCCACUGCACCAGGCUAUGGCUACGGAGGAGGCGAUCGACAUGACGACAAGGACGCCGUCCCCCACGUUCCCUCCCCUAAGCGGCGAAAUACCCGACUUCAGCGCAGAUGCUUCUCUCGUUCUCGUAGGAAUUCGUGGCGCUGGCAAAUCGACUUUGGCCAUCAUGGCAUCGUCUGCCCUGAAGCGUAGAGUCGUCGACCUCGAAAAUGUGUUCCAACGAACGCGGUUCGCAUCCAGUGCGGUCUACAAGAAGCUGCACGGGUCCACGGAAUGCCAUCGCCAACAGGCAAAGGUCUUGCACAAUGUCCUCGAGCGCAACAAGACUGGGUGCGUGAUUGUCUGCUCAUGGAUGGAGAGCCGAGUACAAGCACUAUUCCGCGAGUUUGCGGCUACACAUCCUGUUGUCCAUGUCGUACGAGACGGGGAUGCUAUCCAGGAGCAUCUGCGCAUCCAGGACCGCGAGAAGAUGGAAAACCUGCUCAAGGUUAGCCGUGCAAUAUUCGGGACCUGUACCAACUUUGAGUUCUACAACGUCACUGAAAGGCAACCAGAUGUCCUUGACUCUUUAUCUUCGGACACCAUCUUUGACCCGGUCCCCGCGCCCUAUCUCACUCUGAAGCAUGCUGAAAGGCAUCUGCUCAGAUUCUUGAGUCUCAUCUACCCACAGGGAGCGCUGCCUUUCAUGGACUCGGCGUUCCCGCUGGCCGGCGUGCCCUUUGAGGACCUCCAAUUUACAUACGCUGUGGCACUGCCCCUUUCCAGGACGCUCGAAAAUGGAUUUCAGAUCGAAGACCACGUCGAAGGCGCCGAUGUUGUGCAGAUCGUUGUCGAUGACUUGUGCGCCAAAGCUGACUCGUUCGGAUCCGAUGACUUCUUGAGCCUUGCCAACGCGAUUACAUGCGGAAUCGGGCUGACUCGGCGGAGCACCGUCGUGCCUUUGGCCAUCGACGUCAAGCUGCCAGAGACUCCUCCCGAGGAGAUUUCUCGGUUCUAUCUCCAGCUUGUCCUGCACACAAUGCGGCUUGCACCCGAACUUGUGACCAUAAACUUGACGCUGAAGGAUGCAGAUAUUGCGCAUCUCAUCGCCAGCAAGGGGCGAGCGAGGACGAUCGGCGACUGCCUGGUCACGCACAACCCGCGGCCGUGGACAUCCCACACAUGGACCACACUCUAUCAGAAGGCGAGUCGCUUAGGUUGCGAUAUGGUGAGACUGCGACGGCCAGCUGGGACCUUUAACGACAACAUCGCGGUCGGUCAUUUCAGAGGAUCGGUGUCAUCCUUACAAUGCCGGCAGAUACCCCUGAUCGCGUACAACACAGGCGAAUCAGGAAGACAUUCGGCCAUUCUGAACCCAAUUCUAUCAACAGUAGCAAUGAGAGCAGAGGAAGAAUCCUCGCCUUCUUCCUCCUUGCUUCUCACAAGCCACGCUGCGGUUCAAGCCCUUGCGGCCGCCUACGCCUACGACAGGAUGAGAAUGUAUGUCUUUGGUGUCAAAGUCGGCUACAGCAUGUCGCCGACAAUGCAUAACUCUGCCUUCCACGCCUGUGGCCUGCCUCACCACUACACGCCGCACUCUACAGAGUCGCUCAGUGCGAUCAAACACUUGAUCGAGGACCCGUACUUUGGCGGUGCUUCCAUUGGCCUGCCGUUCAAGGUCGAGGUCAUCACUCUUAUUCACUCGCUGAGUCGACAUGCGCGUGCUAUCGGUGCGGUAAACACCCUCAUCCCGGUUCGCCAUCUUAAUCCAGAUGGCUCGCUGCCACAGGGUGCGGACUUCUUCAAAGCAAUGGGGAGAGCUGGUUCGGUGAAGGCGCUGUAUGGGGAGAAUACGGACUGGAUUGGCAUCCGAGCCUGCAUCCGCAAGGGACUGUCUCCAGCCAAUGCUGUCAGACCAGGUGCCUGCGGUGUCAUUGUGGGCGCCGGCGGCAUGGCACGAGCAGCCGUCUACGCCAUGCUUCAAGUUGGGGUACAGAACAUCCUCAUCUACAACAGGACUCUCUCUCGCGCAGAGAAGCUUGCGUCUCACUUCAAGCAGCUGUUACAGAACCCGGACUUUCAAUCCCUUGGCGCUGGGUCAGAAACACGUUUCCACAUUAUUGAAGGCCUGCAUGAUCAUCUCCCCUCAUCCUACCAUCUGCCUACCAUCAUCAUUUCCUGCAUACCUACGCAUCGCAUCGGCGAAGCGCCCUCCCCGGAUUUCACCGUCCCGGACGGGUGGCUGGAAAGUCGCACCGGCGGCGUGAUCAUUGAGCUGGGGUACAAGACACUCAAUACGCCCCUGCUAGCUCAGGCGAGACGCCAGGCGUCGAGAGGCUGGGUCGCAAUGACGGGUCUAGACCUUCUUCCCGAGCAGGGCUUUGCGCAGUUCGAAUUGUUCACGGGCAGACGCGCACCGCAAAAGGUCAUGAGAAGGCAUCUCUUGAACGCGUACCGGGACGAGCAUGAGCGAUCGAAUCAGGAGCUGCAGUCGCGGAUGCCUUCCGAAGUCAGGGAGGUGAUCUGA